CUUCUACUUCCGUCUACGUCAGUCACUCCCCACACAACACGGAAUAUGGCGGCCAGCUCAGAUCGGAUUCCUCCUCCUCUCUCUGCAGCAGACGAGCCAGAAGCAGGACUGGCUGACAUGGCAGACGGAGACAGCGACGAGGGAGAGGACAUCUUCGUGAGUAACAGCAACCCUGUGGCGGUCAGUCGAGGAGUUUCUCAGCCUGGUCAUGUCAGUGAAGACCCUCCAGAUCUGUUCAGUGAGGAGGAAGCUGGCAGCACCACUGCCAAGUCCAAUGGAGUUCACUCUGAUGAUGACAAUGACCUGUUUGCUGAUGCACAUGUGGAGCUGAGCACAGACAAGCCCAGCAGCUCUGCUCAGAAAGAGCUCAGCGCCUCCUCUGGCUCCCGUCCUGCCUCCUCCUUCACCCAGAGCCCUGCAGCCAUGCAGCCCACCUCCUUGGAGCAGUUGGAGGAGGAAGAGGCCAGGGAUAGUUUUGAUGUGGACGUUGCUGUCACCAACCCGGAGAAAGUCGGUGAUGGCAUGAAUGCCUAUGUGACCUACAAAGUAUCCACCAGGACUUCCCUGGCCAUGUUCAGGAAUAAGACCUUCUCUGUGAGGCGGCGUUUCAGUGACUUCUUGGGUCUCUAUGAGAAGAUGUCAGUCAAGCAGACGCUCCAAGGCUGCAUCAUCCCUCUGCCACCGGAGAAAAGUGUCGUAGGAAUGACCAAAGUGAAAGUGGGAAUGGACGACCCGUCAUCAGUAGAGUUUGUGGAGAGAAGAAGAGCAGCUCUGGAGAGGUAUCUUCAGAGAGUUGUGUCUCACCCAACGUUAAUACAAGAUCCUGACGUCCGUGAGUUCUUGGAGAGAGAAGAAUUACCCAGAGCGGUGAACACCCAGGCGCUGAGUGGAGCUGGCUUUCUCAAAAUGAUCAAUAAGGCAUCCGACGCUGUCAACAAGAUGACCAUCAAGAUGAAUGAGUCUGACACUUGGUUUGAGGACAAGUUCCAAGAGGUGGAAAAUGAAGAGCAGCAGCUGAGGAAGCUCCACGCUGUGGUCGACUCCCUGGUCAAUCACAGGAAGGAGCUGUGUGGGAACACUGCAGUAUUUGCCAAAAGUAUGGCCAUGCUGGGAAACUCUGAGGACAACACAGCCCUUUCGCGGGCCCUGUCCCAGCUGGCAGAAGUGGAGGACAAAAUGGAGCAGCUGCAUCAGGAGCAGGCAGCCAGUGACUUCUUCAUCUUUGCAGAGGUGCUGGCUGACUACAUCCGCCUGCUGGGAGCUGUGCGGGGCUGUUUUGACCAGCGUAUGCGGGCGUGGCAGCGAUGGCAGGAGGCUCAGAGCACACUCCAGAAGAAGAGAGAGGCAGAGGCCAAGCUGCUGUGGGCCAACAAGCCGGACAAACUGCAGCAGGCCAAGGAAGAGAUCACUGAGUGGGAGGCCAGAGUUACUCAGUACGAGAGAGAUUUUGACAGGGUUGGCAUGACUGUACGUAAGGAGGUUCUCAGGUUUGAGAAAGAAAAAGCCAAGGACUUCAAGAGCCAGAUAAUAAAAUAUUUGGAUUCAAUGCUUCAGUCUCAGCAACGGCUUAUAAAGUUUUGGGAGGCGUUCCUUCCUGAGGCAAAGGCAAUAGCUUAAUGAAGAGGGAGACUUUCUGAAGACCCCAACUGCCUUUUUUUGAACACUUUACCUCUUGACCAGGAACUGAGAGAGGACGAUUUUGCAACACACAAGAAACUUCCAUCCAUUUUUUUUUCUUUCUUUCUUUUGUCUUUUUAAUCAUAGUGUAUUCUCUUAUCUUGUACAGUUCUUUGAUAUAAUAAGCUGCCGCAUUUACACAACGUUUCUUCUGCAUAAUUCCUUGUUUAUGUUCUUGACGUUAAAAUGGUAUAAAGCAGGAAUCCGACAGAGAUUAACCUGGCCGUAGUAAUCGUAAAAAACCCACCGUCUGUCAGUGGGAUAUACAGUAUAUUUAUGUUACUUGCUUAAACGAGUAUAUUAAAGUGUUAACACUGAGGUACUGCCCUAAAGUAACAUUGUCUAUAGUUUACAUUAGAAGAUAGACGUAUGUAAGUCAUUCCAGUCUCUAACAGCUUAUGUUGAUGGAUGCAUGUCAGAUAAUGUUUUGAUGCACUAAAAUGCAUUGUACAGUUGGAAAAGCAGGUUUUUAAAAUGAAAUGCCACUAUUGAUGACUGAAGUCAUAUACCAGAAGUAUUAGCACAUGUUACAGUGUAUCACAUAAUACAUAUUAGAACAUAGAAAUCAUAUGAAAACUCUUUGAUUUGAUAAGAUUACAGGCUUUUCAGAGUUGUUACAAAAUUAAAGAAAUGUAAGGUUACAGUAAGUGAAAGUUUGUGAAAUCCUGUCACUGCUUUGUUUGUAUUUUCUAUGAUGAUGAAUCAGCUUGAAUCACGUUUAUUAUAUUAAUCAAUUUCCUCCAAAACUGUCUUAUGUACUUAUCAUUUCUUGUGUCAGAGAUCGAGGCCCAAAGGAACUCAUUUGGAGCUGCUGCAGAGAUUGUUUACUGUCCGUGUAAAUGACUCUCGACAUGUAUGUACACAUGUACAAUACUUGAAUUCAAUCAUGCAACCACUGUCAGAUAUUAUUAGUCACCCUAUACUUUUGAUAAAUUGGUUUAACAAUGGUUAAAAAAAAAAAAAAAAAAAGGCACAGACAUUCAAGUUAUGCUGUUCCUUAUUUUCUUAUUCAACAUUUGUAAGUGUAGUUUUUCUGUCAUGUCAUAUUUGCGUAAGAACAUGCUUUAUUUUUGUAACCACUUUGCAUUAGCACACAUUUUCCUGGAAACGCUAUACAGGUAUAUGUACAAAAUAAAUAUGAUUGGUUAAAGUU